GACCUAUAAACGCAGAGAAAUGCGUAAUUGCAAUCAGGAUAAACUGGGUUUAGCCAAAACCUGUGCCAUGAAGGAAAAAAGUAAAAAUGCUGCCCGCACCCGGCGUGAAAAGGAAAAUGCUGAAUUUUUCGAAUUGGCCAAAUUAUUACCGCUACCAAGUGCAAUUACAUCACAAUUGGACAAAGCCUCCAUAAUACGCUUGACCACCUCAUAUUUGAAAAUGCGACAAGUUUUUCCCGAAGGUUUAGGCGAAGCUUGGGGUUCUUCACCUGCCAUGCAACAAAGAGGUGCCACCAUUAAAGAAUUGGGUUCACAUCUUCUGCAAACAUUGGAUGGAUUCAUUUUUGUUGUGGCGCCUGAUGGCAAAAUUAUGUACAUUUCGGAAACAGCCUCUGUUCAUUUGGGCUUAAGUCAGGUUGAAUUGACUGGUAAUUCAAUUUUUGAAUAUAUACACAAUUAUGAUCAGGAUGAAAUGAAUGCGAUAUUAUCCCUACAUCCUCACAUGUAUCACAAUCCCGAUGCAUUUAUCAAUUCUUUACACUUAACACAGACACAUCCCGCCGCCACAAUCGGUAGCCCCAAUGGCACCACAGCGUAUGGUGAACGUGGCUGCCACACCAUCGAAAUUGAAAAGCAAUUUUUCCUGCGCAUGAAAUGUGUUUUGGCCAAACGUAAUGCCGGCCUAACAUCAUCGGGUUAUAAGGUUAUUCACUGUUCCGGUUAUCUGAAAGCCCGCAUAUAUCCCGACUGUGGCGAUGGCAAUGGUCCUCUAAUACAAAAUUUAGGCUUAGUUGCUGUCGGCCAUUCAUUACCCACCUCAGCGAUUACGGAAAUUAAAUUACAUCAAAAUAUGUUUAUGUUUCGUGCGCAUAUGGAUUUGAAAUUAAUCUUUUUAGAUGCAAGAGUAUCCCAGCUAACUGGCUAUGAACCACAAGAACUCAUUGAGAAGACUCUGUAUCAGUAUAUACAUGUACAGGAUAUACUGCCCAUGCGUGUUUCACAUCAAAUACUUUUAUAUAAAGGACAAGUUACCACCAAAUAUUAUCGUUUCCUAACAAAAGGUGGCGGCUGGGUUUGGGUACAAUCCUAUGCCACAUUGGUGCAUAAUAGCCGUUCGUCGCGUCAAGUUUGCAUUGUUAGUGUAAAUUAUGUUUUAAGUGAACAAGAGGCCAAAGACUUAGUACUCAAUGAAAUACAAACGGGUGUUAUUAAAAGUGAACCGAUCUCAACACCAGCACCGAUACCCACACCAGCAUUACAUGCCAGUCAUGCGGCCGCUGUUGCCAAUGUGCCACAUCCAGUGGCGGCCAUUAACAACAACAAUAAUAACAACAACAGUAACAGCAAAAAUGGCCUGUUGAGACACACACCCAGUCUGCCUAGCCUGACAACAGCAAGUGUUUUGAGUACAAGUCCCAAAAUGGAAACAUGUUUUGAGGCAGCUGCUGCUACUGGUGGCGGUGCUGGUGGUGGUGGUUCAUUGGGACAUUUGCCAACGGCUGUAACUCCUGUCUUAAGUACAAAUACCAAUUCAAGUUCAAGUAGCAGUAAUGUGAACAAUAGCAGCAGUGCCACCAACAACAACUUUUUACAACAACAACAACAAUUAAAUGGUCACACGGAAAUACCUUUACAUGGUUUGCAAGAUCCUCAGCAACAGCAGCAGCAACACCAACAUCAUCAUCACAAUCACCACCAGCAACAUGAUCACGAUCAUCAUCACUUACAUAUGCAUGGCACACAUAUGCCGGAUCUCAUGGAUGUUCAUCAUCAUGAAUCGCAUGGCCUCAGUUACACCUCAUUGUAUCCCGUCAAUGACUCGAUUGUGAGUUCAAGCAGUUCAUUGGGGCCACAUGAUAUGAUACAUCAAUAUCCGGAAACCACCGCCACCACUAAUAACACCAACGCCAUUGCUGCCUCUAAUUUAUAUUACAAUAACAACAACAACAAUAAUUAUUAUUAUGAUGCCACCGUUGAUGUCUCGGCCCAAACGCUGAUAAGACCAUUUUCCGCCAACUCGAAUAGUUGUUCGAGCAGUUCGGAAAGUGAACGACAAUUAUCGACGGGUAAUGGCUCCAUUGUUAAUGGAACCUCACCACAAACCACCUAUAGUGAUCUCAGUCAUAGUUAUGAAUUAAACUAUUUUUCGGACAGUAGUUCACAUAAUCAUCAGCACCACCAACAGCAGCAUCAGCAUCAUUUACCUCAUAGCAACACCUUAACCGAGUUGACUUCACCACAACACCACCAUCAAGGUUCUAUACAUUUGACACAAUUGGAGGGUAUACAACAACAGCAGCAGCAACAACAUCAUCAUCAGCAACAACUCCACCAUCAGCAGCACCAUCAUCAUCCGCCGCAGCAUCAGCAAUCACAUUUAACCCUACCACCCAUGGAAGUGGUACAUCACAAUGCAACCGCCGAUCAACAACAAUCCCAAACAAAUCAUCACAUAGUUGCCAAUAGUUUUAGUGAAACCUUUAAAAAUGUCAAUGCAACCCACUAUACCAGUGUCAUAGUGGAACCCCAGCAUUAUAUAAAUAAUGAGUUUGUACAUUAA